AGCUUCAGUGGUUAUUCCAAAGCCUCCUCGAAGCUACUGCUUCCUCCCUGUGCCUUCUCCUUGAGUGCACGAGUAGGCCCAAAAGUAGUUGAGCGCGGUGCUUGAUGUCAUACUUGUGAGAAGUUCUUUCAGGAACGUUGAAUCUGAAAAAAAGGAUAAGCAUCUUAUAGUACACAAUAGCGUGGAAUUUGUGAGAGUGUGUUGAGGGUAUUUGUGAGAGCAGCAGGUGAAGGAGAGGACGAUUCAACAGUGGGAGUGCGAGGUUUUGGUUUUAGAAUGUCCAUGGGCGUCAAGCUGACAGGGAAAGUUCUCUAGCGUGUAUGUGGUUUAGUGGAUUAGUUGUUUGAAAGAUUGGUGAAGUGGAGAGGAGUGGUUAGGGGAGAAGGCGAGUGACGAUGCCUGGGUUGUUGCCCACGAGACCGAUCGGGUCUGCUUCGAAGGCGAGGAGCAGCAGUGCAAGAAAUUUAGCACGGUCUAAGGCAGAAAAGGUUCGUGAGGAAAGAGCGCCUGCCACAGGUCUUGUGCGCGUGCCGGCUCAGAACGUGAAUGUGAACACCAUGGGAUUAUUAUCAGCGCAGUUUCAAGCUUGUGGAGCGAACGCCAAUAGGUCUAAGACUGCGCAAUCAGGUGCUGAGAAAAUGACUAAGUUCUUUGGUAAUGGAGUCGAUUCGGAAAACGUGUUCGGGAAUCGUUAUGUCAGCAGUGGAAGCGAGCACGAGGCCGCAUCUGUCUGCUUGGGCGCCAUGGUUAACGGGUUCAUUGAAAACGACACCGACGGUGGCCGAUGUGGCCGGUCGCGGUGCAAUUGCGAGCUAAGCGGCUCAAUGUGCGACUGCAACGAUUUCGAGGAAGCCAGGUCUUCACUUGGAGGGGAACUCUCUGAGAUCUUACAAAAUAUGGUAUGUAGUGCAAACGCCACCGAGAGAACAUUGUUGGCUGAAGUCAACAAGGCCAUUUCUAUGGCCAAAGAUGUUUCGGUCGAGGACGAUGCUACCGUCUGCCUCAGGCGUCGAGUAAUGAAGUAUCUUAGAAACGGAGGCUACUCUGCUGCUAUUUGCAAGUCGCGAUGGGACAACGCCGGUACAUUUCCCGGUGGCGUCUACGAGUACAUUGACGUGAUUUUUGAAGGAGCAACUGGCAAAAGCGAGAGAAUCAUCAUCGACAUUGACUUCAGGACUCAAUUUGAGAUUGCCCGACCUUCUUCAAGCUAUAAAGCUGUGGUGCAAGUGUUACCGACUGUAUUCAUUGGCAAGGCGGAACGACUCCUUCAGAUUGUCAACAUUCUGUCUGAUGCCGUAAAGCAGUCAAUCAAGAACCGUGGUAUGCACUUGCCUCCCUGGAGGAAGCCCGAAUACAUGCGGGCUAAGUGGUUCUCAUCCUACAGGCGCACUACGAACGACUCUGUCCACAAGGUCCACGACGAGGACAUAUCGAACAUCUCUUUCAUCGCAGUGAGGGACAGUGGCUGGAGCGCGACGCACAUCGAGGAGAUGGAGGUGGAUUACCUGCGGGGAGGAGAGAGACGAGUAAUGAGAGACUUGAAGAAUUUUGCUCCAAAGAAGCCUGCGGAUGUUAGCAGCAAGGCCUCAUCAACUGUCGCCACGAAGAGUGCUGUCGACAACACCGUGUGGACGCCUCCCGCCUUGAAGCCAAGAGUGUUUCAGCGACCUGGCCAGGCUGGACUUGCAUCAAUUUUGAGAGAAGCAGGUUUGACCUCCUCAAUUAGGACCUUGAUCGAAGAGCAACGGGCAGUUGGGAAGAGUUUGCCAAUCGCAGUUUGAGGGGCUCCUAUCACAAUAUUUUGACAUCGCUCCACUGUAAUAUAUACAUGGUGUAAUGGCUGUAGCUGAUGUGCAUAUUUUGUCACAUAUCUCUGCCGCGAAUGCAAUGUCCUCAAUCCUCAGGAGGAUGGCAUUGCUGAGAAAAUAGCUUGUGCGAAUGAUUUUAGGUUAGAAGUUACGAAGUUUUGGGCUGGACCUUGCCGCGAUGAUGGCCUUUGCUUCCUCAAAGGUGUAUCUUGCAUGCGGAGGGGUUCAGGAGCAUUCACGGCACCGCAGAGGGUGGCUUCUGCGGUUGACUUUACAGAUCGUAAUUUCUGUGCUGCAAAUUUUGACUGCAAUAGGUAGCGCAGAAAAUUAGUGUGAUUGCUGUAUAUAUCUGUAGGAGCGGCUUCUGUCACUCACGAUAUUUGAUUUUUUCCAUGAGCCACUGAAGUUGAGGUUCUGAGUUCUGGCCUUCCAUUGCCAAAUAUAUGUGGAAGUUUCAUUUAUUUUGUAUAAUGAAAGACAAGUUUCGUUGUCUAUUCUGCAUCAAA